CGACCGGCAACCCGAGAUGGCGGCCAGCUUCCUCAAUUUCUGGUAUGUACCUGGAUUACUUCUUCUUCUUCUUGGCUUGCAUUUUGUCUAUUCUCUUAUCUAAAGUUCACUCAAAGCUAAUUGAUCAACAGCGCCAUGUGCGAGAGACAGAUAACAGUGCCAGACAAUACUCUUCUUUAUUGUAGUGAAAGCUGCCGUCGCAAGGACUCCCAUAAACCACUCUCAGCAUCCUUCUCAUCUGCUCCCUCCAUGUCUUCCUCUUCGACUCCUCCGAGCUCCCCUUUAAUGUCGCCUCGGAUGAUUGUCGCCCCCUUGACCCCGACAAGAAGCUCCACCAGAUUGUCCAGCUCUGCCCGGAUACCCGGCGAGUGGCUUGAUAUCAAGACGGAUCAGGAUCCCAGCGAAUGGAAGCCUGUAAUACCGAUGGGCAACGGUGCUCAUUCUGUGGCAACCUCGGAUGCCUGGAAGUAUUUGUCCCAGUUCCACAACGACGAUCGUGGUGUGCCGCUGCGCCGCCCUGGGCUCGGUCAUCGCAGCUCCGCCAGCCUGACUACUCUCAUAAGUAGCACGGGACCCGUUCCCUCGCUGACCCAUACGCCGUCUACGGUCGCGUCGUCGUUCAGCAGCAACGCGUCGGAUUACAUGAGUCAGAUGCACGAUCCGACAUACCGUCCUUUGCCGCCGCGACAUAACCCGCACUUUUGCAGUUCGAGUGCGGCCAAAGGGGUUGAGCUGGUAGUUCCUCACGUCCAUGUGCAGGCUGAGGACGUCUCCCCCGUUGACAUGUCCAAUGAUGGGUCCAUCUUUCCUGCCAGCAGUGCACUGUGGAAUGAUAAGCCUCUUAACAAGACAUCUACCUUGACUACGACCUUGGGUGCAGUGAGCUCCGAUGUGCCUAUGCGUUCUGUCUGAGCAUUAGGUUAGCUGUUUCGCGUACUUGCAUAGUUGAGUGUUUUGAAAUCAUCCUCAGUUCCUCAACUAUACACACCUGGGUCGCGUGCCAACUGCAACAGCGGUUUCAUUCUUCUAUUCUUCUUCUUCUUUUUCUUUUUUAUUAUCCAGUUGCAAUCAUUGGACAGGGAACAUGAUAGAAAGCAUGCGAGAAACGAUGUCAUGAGCGAUAGGCGUGGAAACAACUUUUUUUCUUUCUUGGACAUGGACAACAGCAGCAUAUUAUGGGAUAGACUCUUUAAUAAGCAAACAGGUGUUGGGUUUGUAAUAAGGCGGAUAGCGACGAGCAUUUUAGCUAGACCUCACGAAGUGAUUCUUCU